GCCAGUUUUAGGAAGUUGGUUAGUUUCUUUGUGUGCAUACACCCGACAACACAGAGGGUGCCCCUCGGCAGCACUGCAGGUUCUAGAAUGAGCAGUUAGGACAGCACCAGAGGCGCGGUUGCUUGCUGGUGCCUAGGCAAAACCCGAACUUCAUCUCCUACCAGGAGCUUCAGUUCAGCCCUGCCUUCACUUGGCGCCUGAAUUCCUGAACCCAAGGCUCUGGAUUCAACUUUUCAAGGUAGAAAACAUGACCCUUCACUUUUUGCUUCUGACCUGCCUUUUGCUGCUAAUCUCUGAUUCCUGUGAGUUCUUCACUGAAGCCAGUUAUCCUCGAAGCUAUCCUUGUGAUGUGAAAAACAAAAAUGGCUCUUUCAUUGCAGAAUGUAACAGUCGUCGAUUACAGGAAGUACCCCAAACAGUGGACAAAGAUGUGACAGAAGUAGAUCUGUCUGGUAAUUUCAUCACAUGCAUAACAAAUGAAUCAUUUCAGGGGCUGCAAAAUCUGACUAAAAUCAACCUGAACCAUAAUGCCAAGUCCCAGAGUGGAAAUCCUGCUGUAAAGAAAGCUAUGACUAUUACAGACGGGGCAUUUCUCAACCUCAAACACCUAAGGGAGUUACUGCUGGAAGACAACCAGUUGCAAGAAAUACCGGCUGGUUUGCCAGAAUCUUUGAAAGAACUUAGUCUAAUUCAAAACAACAUAAUUACGUUAACGAAAAAGAACACUUCUGGACUGGGGAACCUGGAAAGUCUCUAUUUGGGCUGGAACUGUUAUUUUGCUUGUGAUAAAAAAUUUAGCAUAGAAAAUGGAGCAUUCCAAAACCUUACCAAGUUGAAGGUGCUGUCGUUAUCUUUUAAUCCCCUUCACAGCGUGCCACCCAGCCUGCCAAGCUCGCUAACAGAACUCUACCUUAGCAAUACCCAUAUCGGAAAUGUCAGUGAAGAAGACUUCAAGGAACUGAGCAAUUUAAGAGUACUAGAUUUAAGCGGAAACUGCCCGAGAUGUUUUAAUGCUCCAUUUCCCUGCGUACCUUGCCAAGGAGGUGCUUCAAUUCAGAUACACCCUCUUGCUUUUCAAACCCUGACCCAACUUCGCUACCUAAACCUCUCUAGCACUUCGCUCCGGAAGGUUCCUGCCAGCUGGUUUGACAACAUGCACAAUCUGAAGGUGCUGGAUCUUGAAUUCAACUAUUUAAUGGACGAAAUAGCCUCGGGGGAAUUUUUGACAAAAUUGCCCUCCUUAGAAAUACUUGAUUUGUCUUACAACUACGAACUGAAAAAAUAUCCUCGGUACAUUAACAUUUCCAAAAAUUUCUCAAAGCUCAUAUCUCUCCAGAUGUUGCACUUAAGAGGUUAUGUGUUCCAGGAACUUAAAAACGAUGAUUUCAUGCCCCUGCGGAACCUCUCAAAUUUAACGACUAUAAACUUGGGUGUUAACUUUAUUAAGCAGAUUGAUUUUAGCAUUUUCCAGUGGUUCCCCAACCUGAAAAUCAUUUACUUGUCAGAAAACAGAAUAUCGCCCUUGGUCAGUGACACCGAGCAACGUGAUGCAAAUGGGACCUCUUUCCAAAGUCAUAUCCUGAAGCGACGCUCAGCUGAUAUUCAAUUUGACCCACAUUCGAAUUUUUAUCAUAACACCAAUCCUUUAAUAAAGACAGAAUGUUCACGUCUUGGCAAUGCCUUAGAUUUAAGCUUGAACAGUAUUUUCUUUAUUGGGGUAAACCAGUUUAAAGAUUUUGGAAACAUUUCCUGUUUAAAUCUGUCUUCAAAUGGCAAUGGCCAAGUGUUAAAUGGCACAGAAUUUUCAGGUCUGUCUAGUAUCAAGUAUUUGGAUUUGACAAACAAUAGACUAGACUUUGAUGAUGAUGCUGCUUUCAGUGAAUUGCCGUUGUUAGAAGUUCUCGAUCUCAGCUACAAUGCACAUUAUUUCCGAAUAGCAGGGGUAACGCACCGUCUAGGAUUUAUUGAACAUUUAACUAACCUGAGAGUUUUAAACUUGAGCAACAAUGACAUUUUUACUUUAACAGAAACACAACUGAAAAGUGCAUCCCUGGGAGAAUUAGUCUUCAGUGGAAACCGCCUUGACCUUCUGUGGAAUGCUCAAGAUGUCAGGUACUGGCAAAUUUUUCAAAAUCUCACCAAUCUAACCCGGCUUCAUUUAGCCCGUAAUAACCUUCGGCAUAUCUCCAGUCAGGCCUUCCUUAACUUGCCCAGGACUCUCACUGACCUAUAUAUAAAUGAUAACAUGUUAAAUUUCUUUAACUGGUCAUUACUGGAAUACUUCCCUCACCUCAGGUUGCUUGACUUAAGUGGAAACCAGCUGUUCUUUUUAACCAAUAGCUUAUCUACAUUUGCAUCUUCUCUUGAGACGCUGCUACUGAGUCGAAACAGGAUUUCCCACCUGCCGUCCGAUUUUCUUUCUGGAGCCAGCAGCCUGGUACACCUCGAUUUGAGCUCCAACCAGCUCAAGAUGCUCAACAGAUCCACGUUUGAAACGAAGACCGCCACCAAGUUAACCGUUUUGGAGCUAGGGGGUAACCCUUUUGACUGUACCUGUGACUUAGGAGAUUUUCGAGAAUGGAUGGACGCAAAUCUGAACGUCAGGAUUCCCAGACUGACAGAUGUCAUUUGUGCCAGUCCUGGGGAUCAAGAAGGCAAGAGCAUUGUGAGUCUAGACCUCACCACUUGUGUUUCAGAUACCAUUGCAGCCAUAUUCUGUUUCUUAACCUUUUCUGUCACCAUCUCAGUGAUGCUGGCUGCCCUGGCCCACCACUGGUUUUACUGGGAUGCUUGGUUUAUCUAUCAUGUGUGCUUAGCUAAGGUCAAAGGCUACAGAUCUCUGUCCACAUCCCAGACUUUCUACGAUGCUUACAUUUCUUAUGACACCAAAGAUGCUUCUGUCACAGACUGGGUGAUCAAUGAACUGCGCUUCCACCUGGAAGAGAGUGAGGAUAAGAACGUGCUCCUGUGUUUAGAGGAAAGGGAUUGGGACCCGGGUCUAGCCACCAUCGACAACCUCAUGCAGAGCAUCAACCAAAGCAAGAAAACAAUAUUUGUUCUAACCAAAAAAUAUGCCAAAAACUGGAAUUUUAAAACGGCAUUCUACUUGGCCUUGCAGAGGCUAAUGGAGGAGAACAUGGACGUGAUUGUCUUUAUUCUGCUGGAGCCAGUGUUGCAGCAUUCGCAGUAUUUGAGGCUGCGGCAGAGGAUCUGCAAGAGUUCCAUCCUCCAGUGGCCUGACAACCCCAAGGCAGAAGGCUUGUUUUGGCAGAGUCUGAAAAAUGUCGUCCUAACGGCCAACGAUUCACGGUAUAACAACUUGUAUGUCAAUUCCAUUAAGCAGUACUAACUGAUGUUAAGCCAGGGGUCACAGGCAUGGUCAAAAUGCACAGCAAUGCUCCGUUUGCUCUUAGCUGUCACUUGCUGUCUGACAGAGCACUCCAAACUUACUGGCUUAGAAUCACACACUUCGUUGUGUCAUCGUCUCUGUGGACCAGGAGUCUGGGCUUGACUUCUGGCUCAGGGCUCCUCAAAGGCGGUAAUCUCUCUGUCAGCCAGGGCCACAGGCAUCAGCUACGGUUAGCAUCCACUUCAGAGCCCACACUUGUGUGGCGGUUUUCAGGACGGAGUUCUCCCUGGGCUGCUGGCCCAAGGCUACCCUCAGUUCCCGGCCACAUGGAUGGACCCUUCCCCGUGGCAGCUCGCUUCAGCAAAGCCAGCAAGAGAGACAGGUUGCUGACACAAUGCGAGUCGCCGUCUUUGUAAUCCAAUCGGGGAAGGGAUAACCCCUCACUCUGGCUUGUUCUGCUUGUUAGAAGUAAAUCAGCGGCCCUGCCGGCUCCACGGGAGUGAUCACCUCAGUCCUGGGAAAGUAGUCUGUGACCAAGGUGGGCAGUCGUGGUAAGCUCGCUCAGCCUGCCAUCUUGGUCAUAAAUGGUGAAUACCAGGAGCGACACUUUUGCAACUGUAAUAGUUCUGAUGUUAAGUUGCUGUUUAGAUUUAUCAUAUAUCCAUGGCUAUGUGGUUAUAUUAUGUUAUGGUUGCAUUAGUCCUUCUUUUAUAAUUACUUUUUAUAAAUACUGGCUAUAAUAUUUCACUAAGGUUUAGAUACCAUCUAAAGGCUAAGAUGGAUGGUAGUUAAGUUUUUUGUUUGUUUCUUUGCUUCUUAACCAUUUUUUAAGUGUGCAGCUAAAUUAGAAGCAUUUGGAGUUAUCUGUCAAUCACCAUUGCUGUAAAUCAUGAAGUUAAUCAUUAAAAUGCUUCAUUUCACAUCAUGAGCAUAUAAUAAAUACACAUGGAAGUAAAUCUAUAAUAUGAAUUACCUGAAUGUCCAUUGACAGAUGAAUGGAUAAAGAAGAGGCAAUACAUAAACACAGUGGACUCAGCCAUAAAGAAAGAAUGAAAUAAUGCCACUUGCAACAACAUGGAUGGACCUAGAGAUUAUUGUACUAAGUGAAGUAGGUCAGAAAGAGAUAUCACUUAUAUGUGGAAUCUGAAAUAUGACCCAGAGGGAUCCAUCUGUGGAGCAGAACCAGACUCAUCGACAUCGAGAACAGACUUGUGGUCGCCAAGGAGGGUGGGGGGAGAUGGACUGGGAGUUUCAGGUUAGCAGAUGCAAACGAUUACAUCUAGAAUAGAUGGACAACAAAGUCCUUCCGUAGAGCACAAGGAACUAAAUUCAGUGUCCUGGCAUAAACCAUAAUGGAAAAGAAUAUGAAGAAGACUGUAUAUAUGUAUAUAACUGUCACUGCUGUGUACAGAAAUUAACAUGACAUUGUAAAUCAACUAUAGUUCAAUUUUAAAAAUAAGUAAAACCUAGGGGGAUUAAAAGAUAAUAUUACCACCAACACCAGGUUUUUGGAGAAUCCUUACGGGAAAAAAAAAAAAACCUUUAAUAGAAAUCAAAGGUGGAAAAAUUUU